GGCGUGCUCGCGUCCGCUGCUGCUGCGCCGGUGUGGGGGCGAGUCCCGCUGUGGGGGCGCCAUGUCCACCUACUCCCGGCCGCAAGUCCCGGCCGGCUCGUGCGGCGCCAUCUCGCUGCGGCUGGCGGGCCGCGACCUGCUCAAGCCGAUCAGCAAGAUGGACCAGGCGUUUUACUUUCUGCAGCCGGUCGACGUCGUCGCGCUGCGCAUCCCCGACUACCCCACCAUCGUCCGCGAGCCCAUGGACCUCGGCACGAUCGAGAAGAAGCUUGACGCGAGCAGCUAUGCGACGACGGAGGAGUUUGUGGCCGACGUCAAGCUCGUCUGGUACAACGCGCGGCUGUACAACCCGGUCGGCUCGGUGGUGCACGAGGCGGCCAGGGCGCUCGAGAAGGCCUUCGACGACCGGCUCGAGGCCCUGGUCGGCUCGUGCGACCGGCCCGCGCCUCCCGCGCCGGACUCUGACGCGGCGGACGGCGUGCCCGCCUCAAAGCUGCGGCCCCUCCUGCGCAGCCUGCAGUCGCACGCGCGCUCGAAGCCGUUCCGCGUGCCGGUGGACUACGUGGCGCUCAACCUGCCGCACUACCCGACCAUCAUCACGCAGCCGAUGGACCUCGCCACCGUCUCCUCCAACCUCGAGCGGGGCCGGUACGGCACGGUCGCCGACCUGAGGCGCGACAUCGACCUCAUCUGGCAGAACGCGAUCGACUUCAACGGGCCGACGUCGUGGAUCGGGGCGGACGCGUCGACCCUCCGGGAGCACACCAAGCGAAAGUUCAGCCAGUCCGGUUUCGCAGACACCGCCGCCAUCGCCCUCGACGCCGCCGCGCCGCCGCCGGCCGCGCCCGCGCGAAAGCGCGCGCCGGCGCCGCCCGCCGCCGCGCGGCCGGCGGGGCGGUCGGGCGCGGCGGGCGGGGCGAGCGCUGCGGCGGGUGCGGUGGAGGCGGACAGCUUCGAGAUGACCCUCGGCCAGUGCCGCUCGCUGCUGCGCCCCUUUCUGCAGAUGCCUCAGGCGCGUGACUUCCUCGCGCCCGUCGACCCGGUUGCGCUCAACAUCCCCGACUACCCGACGGUGAUCACCCACCCGAUGGACCUCGGCACCGUCGAGCAGCGCCUCGACCGCAAGGAGUACACCGACGCGGGAGGCUUCGUCCGCGACAUGCGCCUCGUCUGGAGCAACGCAAUCACAGCGGCGCCGCCACCGCCGCGACCGCGCGCGCUGCCCGCUGCGACGUACCUCAAGGAGGAGGCGACCGGUGAAGCGGCUCGCGUGCGGGCGAUGUACAAGAAGGCGGUCAACUGGAAGAAGCUGAAGCUCUGGGAGUACCCGAGCAUCAUCACGCAGCCGAUGGACCUGGGCACCGUCUUCAAGAAGCUCGACCGGGGCGAGUACUCGACGGCGGAGGCGAUGAAGGCCGACGUCGAGCUCGUGUGGGCCAACGCGCUCCGCUUCAACGGCGCCGACUCGUGGAUCGCAAAGCCUGUCAGCGAGUGCCGCGACCUCGCGGAGGCAAAGUUUCGGCACGCUGAGGCCACCUUCGAGUCGGCGCAGAACGCGCCGGCGGGCGGCGACGAGCGCUCUCUCAACGGUGCCGUCACCAACCCGUCGGGCACGGCGAUCGUGACGCCGCAGAUGCGGCUGCACUUUUGGUUCAACGCGAAGCGGUUGCGUUCGAGCGAGAUGCUCGAGGUGCAGCGGAUGGUGAAGAAGUGCUGCCCGGCCGCUCUCGUGCCGCUCAACUCGGGCGACAUCAAGAUCGACGUCGACGCCCUCGACUUUCGCUCUUUCAUGCGGCUCGACGUCCACGUCCGCAGCGUGCUGGUGCAGCGGUGA